AUGAAAAAGAGAGGUUUGACCCUACUCAGUUCCAGGACUGCAUUAUUCAAGGUUUAACUGAAACUGGCACUGACUUGGAGGCAGUCGCAAAGUUUCUUGAUGCUUCUGGUGCAAAACUUGACUAUCGCCGCUAUGCAGAAACGCUUUUUGACAUCCUGGUGGCUGGCGGAAUGCUGGCCCCAGGUGGUACCCUGGCAGAUGACAUGACACGCACAAACGUCUGUGUAUUUGCAGCACAGGAAGACCUAGAAACCAUGCAAGCGUUUGCUCAGGUUUUUAACAAGCUAAUCAGGCGUUACAAGUACCUGGAGAAAGGCUUUGAAGAUGAGGUCAAAAAGCUGCUGUUGUUCCUGAAAGGGUUCUCGGAGUCUGAGAGGAACAAGCUGGCCAUGUUGACGGGUAUUCUGCUAGCCAACGGGACCUUGAAUGCAUCCAUUCUCAACAGUCUUUACAAUGAGAACUUGGUUAAAGAAGGCGUUUCUGCAGCUUUUGCAGUCAAGCUCUUCAAAUCAUGGAUCAAUGAGAAAGAUAUCAACGCGGUGGCUGUCAGUCUUCGUAAAGUCAACAUGGAUAACAGGCUGAUGGAACUCUUCCCAGCCAACAAACAAAGUGUUGAACACUUCUCCAAGUACUUCACUGAAGCAGGACUAAAAGAGCUUUCCGAGUAUGUUCGGAACCAGCAAAGCAUAGGAGCUCGGAAGGAGCUGCAGAAGGAACUUCAGGAGCAGAUGUCGCGGGGAGAUCCGUUCAAAGAUAUCAUCUUGUAUGUGAAGGAGGAGAUGAAGAAAAACAACAUCUCGGAGCAGACUGUGGUAGCCAUAAUCUGGUCGAGUGUCAUGAGCACGGUGGAGUGGAACAAAAAGGAGGAGCUGGUAGCCGAGCAAGCCAUUAAGCACUUGAAGCAAUACAGCCCUCUACUUGCUGCCUUUACUACCCAAGGUCAGUCGGAGCUGACUCUUCUGUUGAAGAUUCAGGAGUAUUGUUACGACAACAUCCACUUCAUGAAGGCCUUCCAGAAAAUUGUGGUGCUCUUCUAUAAAGCUGAGGUCCUGAGUGAAGAACCCAUCCUGAAGUGGUACAAAGACGCGCACCUUUUUUUCGUCUUUCUGGAGCAGAUGAAGAAGUUUGUCGAAUGGCUCAAGAACGCUGAAGAAGAGUCGGAGUCUGAAGCGGAGGAGGGCGACUGACCUGCGGCGCGGUCCUCAGUAAAGCAAACAGGAGCUGUAGAUAAGUGUCAUGUCCCCUGUGUCCUUCUGGUUCUAACAUCCUACCUCCCUGUAGCAAGCAUGAUAUAAGGGCUGCCAUGGCAAUUUAUUUUAACUGUUUUCUAUAGUCACUGAACUACGGGGUUUAGUUUUUCAGCCCAUGUUGUAAGCAGCUUACAGGAGCUAUUAGAGAUCGACUCUAACCUGCAUUUGUCCUUUCAGUUCUAUUCUACCUCCUGUAUUUUCUACUGUAAUGAUGUAAUUUAAGGCCUUCCACGAUGAAAUCCAUUUUAGCCC